AUGGAUGCGCCCACUUCCAGGCGGCAGCUGUUGCAGGCAUUGCCUGAGCUGUUCCCAGGCGAGGACCACACUGCGUUUCGCGGCGAUGCGGCAGAAACAAUCUACCAGAGGCCCGAGGACUGGGCUGCCGGUCUGCUGGGCCUGCCAGUUGGCGAUCGGAAGGCGGCCAUCACCGCAGCUGUCUGGGCCGGCUUGUCCAGCGAGUCUCUCACCAAGUGGGCCAAGCAGCUGGUGCACCUGAAAGAGGAGGACGGGUGCUUGCAGCUGCCAGCAGGCCUGUCACUGAUGCUGCCACCACGGCUACGUACAAGCCUGUACGUGAGGCCCUGCUAUAGGCAGCUGUUCGACCUGGUACAGCAGCGCUGCAGCCAGGCCGCGGAGCCGCUGGGGUUCAUCGUCACAGGCACGCCCGGCAUCGGGAUCAGCGCAGCUGCGCUCUAUCUGAUACGGCGGCUUGGCCAGCAGCAGCAGGUCGUGUGUUACGACUACCUGGACGACCUCGGGGGGCGAGUGCGCCUGCAGUUUGACUUCCAAGGUGGUGUCGUCAAGGCUGCACAAGUCAUGUCGUUGCCUGAUCCUGGCGCUGAUGGCCGCAACAUCUGGCACAUCAUCGAGGGAUCACCACCACCCGUGGAGUUUGGUGGCAAGUACAAAACGGUGGUGCUGUCCUCGAUCGAAAACAGCAACUUCAAGCGCUUCUUGAAGGGCUGUGGCUCCCAGGACCCACUGUACCUGCCCGUCUGGAGCUUGGAGGAGCUGGAGGCCUGCAGGGCGCGCCUGUACCCAGAGGUUGCAGCGGACGCCAUGCUCACGAGCUUCACUUGGUUUGGCGGCAGCAUACGGCAUGUGCUGGCGAUGCCCACAGAGCGGCCCGAGGACCAGCUCAAGCCAGACCUGGGGGAGGACAGCGUGUCCAGCCUCGUGCGGGCCAUCAGCGAUCCCGACGUGUACAAAGCUUACCUAAACAGCCAUAGCCUGGGCCACUUCAAGGAGCUGGAGACCGACGGGCGCAGUGAUUUGCGGGAGUUUCCGGUGGCUUUACGCGGCCACCCUCGCGCGGCAGGCCUGCGGGGCGCGCUGUUCGAGCAGUACGGCCACAAUUUGUUUUUGCAGGGUGGCGUCUCCUGCACGGUGCGCCAGCUGCGCCCCUCUCGCAGGCGCCCUCACGGCAGCAACGCAACAGAGUAUGAAGAGGCCAACAUGCUGCAUCAGGUGGAAGAGGACACAGAUUCCCACCACGAGAUCAUGGGUGGCGGUCAGCAGCAGCAGCAGCAGCAGCAGCAGCAGCAGCAGCAGCAGCAGCAGCAGCAGCAGCAGCAGCAGUGGCAGCAGGCACCAGUGGAGCAGCAGGCGCAGCAAUCGAGCAUCGCAAGCAGCAAAUAUCCCCUUCCCCGCGGCUUGACGCUGAAGUGGGAUGGCCCUGGGUCGCAGGGUGAGGGCGCGCUGGGACUCCUAGACAAUGUCUACCUCAGACCGCGCACCAGCAGCAACGCUGCGUGGGACGCCGUGCUGUGCUGCAGCCAGCCGCUCAUACUCCAGUUCACAGCCAGCUCGCAGCACGGCAUCAUAGCACAGCCAGUGCAGGAGUUGCUGGCGCGGCUGGGCCCAGAGCGCAGCAGGGCGGCACGGCUGGUGUUCGUGGUGCCGCCAAAGAAAUUUGACAGGUUUGCAUGGCAGCCGUGGCUGGCCAAGCGGAUUGACGAUGAGCGGAAGUGGGUGCCUGAACCACUGCAGUCGCUAGAGCAGUGGGUCAUGGCGCUGGACGGACAGCCCCGCAGCAACCGCAGCAAUGGCGCCCACGCACCAGCGACAGCACACUGA